AAACUGAAACAUUCUCAAUUGUACAAAAAAGCGGGACAUUUCUGACUUUAACGUUGGUGGUUGUUAGUGUCGGCUAAGUUUGGUAAAUACCCAUUCAUGUGGUACUUUUUCUAAAAUCUAAACAGGGAUGACACAUGCUCGCUUGCGUCUGAAACAAGAGGUGACGAGUUCUGGGCGUGAGCUACAGGUAAAGAGAGCAGACGAUUGCAACAUCAGUCUUUCUUCCGCAGGACGGCUUAACGUUACUGUCCAUUUACCAACAGCCCCGUGUGACUGAAACAUGGAGCAUACGUUUCUCCUAUGGAGUAUAUAGCGAAAGUUUAUUUGGGUUCAUCAGACGGUCGUUGGAUACAUCUUAAAUGAGAAUGAUGCAGAAGUGUGUUUGCAAGUGACAUCCGAACCAUGACUCCACCACCACCACCACCUCCUCCGCCGCCUCCUCCUCCUCCACCACCCCCUCCACCUCCUGCCCCAUUCCCUGGUGGCGGCCAAUUCACAAGAGGUCCAACACGGGCUUCUACAAUGCGUAAUUUUAAUUGGGAGCCCAUACCUAAGAACAAUGUGCUGGGCAAAACUAACAUCUGGACUGAGAAGAACAGGGAGUUUGAGUUGGACACCAAAAGAAUGGAGGAGCUUUUCAGCCGCGUCGACCAGAAACAAGUCCAGAACUCAAACCGCCGAAGUAUACGCCAAUCUCCAACCAAUGCCCCUGGAAAUGAAAUGGUGUCCAUUCUCAAUGCCAAGAAGAGCAUGAACAUUGGUAUUUUCCUCAAGCAGUUCAGAAGGUCAGUGAAUGGAAUGAUUGAGGACAUAGUCAAUGGCAGAGGUGACAAAUUUGGACCUGGGAAACUGAAGGAGAUGUGCAAACUGCUGCCAGAGGAAGGCGAGGUUCGUCAGCUUCGUGAUUUUAAAGGAGACCCUUCAGUUCUCUCAGAGGCUGAUCGGUUCAUGGUGCAACUUGUCAAAGUACCUUGUUAUGAGGAACGGUUGAACUGUUUAGUGCUUAAAGAGGAGUUCCCCCAUUUUAUGGAUGAGGUCAGCCACGCUAUUGCAGUCAUGACCUCUGCUGGACGUGAACUGUUGGAUUGUGCUGAUCUCCAUUCAGUCAUUCGCCUGGUCUUAAAAACGGGCAACUACAUGAACUCUGGAGGCUACGCUGGCAGCGCCGUGGGCUUUCGCAUAACAUCACUACUCAAACUAGCGGAUACCAAAGCCAACAAGCCUGGAAUGAACCUUAUGCACUAUGUUGUGAUGCAAGCCCAGAAAAUUGAUGCAGCGCUGCUGAAGUUUCCAGAGCAGCUACAAAACAUUGGGGAUGCAGCGAGGAUUCAUAAGCAGGAAAUUGAGACUGAUUUCCAAAAGGAAAUAAGUAAAGUCCAGAAGUCCAAGGAGAAUGCUAGUAAACAGCCGGAUCUGGAGGAACAGAUGAGGGAUUUUCUGCAGAAUGCAGAGACACGAAUACAGGAGAUGGAGGAAUCCUUCAAGAUGCUUUCAGCCGUGAGUGAUUCAGUGGCACAGUAUUUCUGUGAGGACCCUACUCAGUUCAAACUAGAGGAGUGUUGCUCCAUUUUCUACUCUUUCUGUGAGAAGUUCAAACGAGCAGUCCAGGAGAACCUCGAUCGAGACAUACUGGAAGUGAAGCGCAGGCAGCGAGAGGGUUCUCAAAAUGCAGCCAAGCGACGCUCCACUGCCACCUGCUCCUCACGAGACAAGGACAUUGAAGGAGCUGCUUUGGAGUCCAUUCUACAGAGGUUCAACAGUCGCCAGUCCCGUCGCAGAGCAGGAAAUGCUUCACCCACACUAGGGAACCUUACUGACAUCCUCCAGGAAAAUCGUCCCGCUGACAGGGCGGUCAAAAGAGACAGUUGGAUCAAAGGUGCCCUGCAAUCCUCUGUGAUCAAGGAGAGCUUUGAAAGGGAAGAGAUGCCUAAAAACCCACAGAUUACAAUCUCAAGCCCGGCGCAUGAAACCCCCAGUACCCCCAAUUCCACAGUCAAUCAGAGACUCUCGGUAACAACAGAGCAGGAUGAGGAUGAUGUUCAGACUGAGAAGGAGGUGCGCAAUAUGAGAGAGGUGUCAAGGAAAGUUUUACAAUACCAGUCUAGUAAAAGCAGCAUUUCAUCUGGCGAGGCCCUUUCACCGCUCCUGUCUCCACGCCAGACAUUCUUCCAGGAAGACAGAAGACAGCUGCUCAUAGUAGCCAUAGAAGAAAACACUGCAAACUCCAGCUCUCUGUUGCAAAACAGCCAGAUCAUCAACCGCCGGCACACGAUCUCACUUCCCGAAGCCAACUGUGGAAACGCCAGCCAAGAGGACAUAUUCGUGCCGUGCAAUCUGAAUGCAUCUCCGGCUCCCUCUAUAGAUGCUAUUGGGAAGGUGAAAUCUUUGGAUAGUGCUAUACUUUCCACACAACAGAACUCUACUGUUAAAGACUCCAAUUCUCAAAACGAAUCACAAUCCACUGAAUCACCACAAUUAGAAAAAUCAGAGGCAAAGACUGAAGACACAGUGCCUAACAUGCAGUUUAAUGGUGGGAAAAGAAACAGCCAGACAGUAUCCUUUAAAAGUGCUAAAGAAGGCUUUAGCUUUAUGUCUUUAUUUAAGCGCUGGAGGGAAAAGGACAAAUCGAAAGAGCUUGAUUCUGACAGUGUGGACCCAUGAUUUAAAAACAUGUAUAUAUAUAUUUAUUCAGACAUUCCUGCUGCAUGUAUGAAAAGCUAGUUUGGUACUUCGUGAUGGAUAAUUUCCUUGUCACCUAUUUAAAAAGCAGGAGUUUGAAUGUGUGGAAAACAGUAAGUUUCACCUGCAGUGCUCUUUAUGCAACACAAGGGGGCAGUACAUGACAUACAGUUGAAGUCAGAAUUAUUAUUUCUAAUCAUAAUAGUUUUAAUAACUCAUUUCUAAUAACUGAUUUAUUUUAUCUUUGUCAUGAUGACAGUAAAUAAUUUUUUAUUA